CAAGAACUUUACGGCAGUAAAACAUGGCGUCUCACUUCAGCGGUGUCCUGCAGCUCACUGAUCUCGACGACUUUAUAACUCCCUCUCAGGAAUGUAUAAAACCAGUUAAAAUUGAGAAGAAGCUAGGUAAAUCUGUGGCCAAAAUACAGAUAGAAGAUGAUGGCAGUUAUGUCCAAAUCAACCAGGAUGGUGGGAAGCAGAAGCUGGAGAAAGCAAAGAUCACACUGAAUGACUGUUUGGCCUGCAGCGGUUGUAUCACCUCAGCUGAGAGUGUCCUCAUCACUCAGCAGAGUCACGAAGAGCUUUUCAAAGUAUUACGUAAGAACAAGGCCAAUGAGACAGAGCAGAUGACUGUGGUGGUGUCAGUGUCACCACAGUCCAGAGCUUCGCUUGCAGCACACUAUGACAUCAGCAGUAGCGAGGCAGGCCGGCGGCUCACUUCUUUCCUCAAAGGGCUGGGGGUUCAUCGUGUCUUUGACACCAGCUUUAGUCGGACUUUCAGUCUGCUGGAGAGUCAGAGAGAGUUUGUGGAGCGUUUCCAGAAAAAGGAACAGGAAAGCAAUGUCCUGCCUAUGCUAACAUCUGCCUGUCCAGGUUGGAUCUGCUAUGCAGAGAAAACACAUGGGGAGUAUAUUCUACCAUACAUCAGUAGCACCCGCUCCCCCCAGCAGAUGAUGGGUUCUCUAGUUAAAGGAUAUUUUGCAGAACAACAGGGGCUGAGUCCACAGCAGAUCUACCAUGUGGCCGUGAUGCCUUGCUUUGACAAGAAACUUGAGGCCUCACGCUCAGACUUCUACAUAAACGAAGCUGAGACUCGAGAAGUGGAUUGCGUCAUCACUUCUGGAGAGGUUCUGAAAAUGCUGGAGGAGGAAAAUGUGUCUCUCAGUGACGUUGAGCCUGUAGCCCUGGACACAAUGUUCAGCAGUGUGUCAGGAGAUGAGUUCCUGAGCCAUGCUGGCAGUGGCUCAGGUGGUUACCUUCAUCAUGUCUUUACUUACGCUGCCAAGCAGCUGUUUGGAGAAGAAGUGAAGGAUCUCACCUACAAGACACUCAGGAAUAAAGACUUCCAGGAGGUGAGGCUGGAGAAGGAUGGUGUAGUCCUACUGUGCUUUGCAUCAACAUAUGGUUUCCGCAACAUUCAGAACCUUGUUCAGAAACUAAAGAGGGGAAAGUCGCCUUACCACUUUGUGGAAGUUAUGGCCUGUCCAUCAGGCUGUCUAAAUGGUGGUGGGCAGAUAAAGGCUCCAGUCGGUGGGACCCAGAAGGAUUUUCUCCAGAAAGUUGAGGAGCUUUACAAGGCGGAGCGCCCCCUGCAGCCAGAAGAUGAUGCUCGCGUAGCUGAGUUGUACCAGUCCUGGCUUCGCAGCGUGGGAGAGGAACGAGCCAAAGAGCUGCUGCACACUGGGUACCAUGCCGUGGAGAAGAUGACCAACGGACUAGCCAUGAAGUGGUGAUGGUUAAUCAACAAUUCUACACAUUUCCUGCGAACAGAGCCGUCCAAAUUAAUGUCACAAUGUUGUUCAGAGGAUUAUGUGGGCCAAAUCUGACAAACGCAGGUGUUCCUUUUAAGUACUUUACUGCUGUGUGCCUGACAAGAAGACCAGAAAAAAGACAGUGCUUCAUCAUGGUCAGAUCAUUUCAUGUGACCAAAUAGUUUGACCUCAUACUGCUGAUAGGCCUUAUAAUAAAUAACACCAUUUUGUGUGACAUAUGUUAAACUUUACAAUGUAAGAAAUUAAUAGAAAAGUAUUCAUUCUUUAUUUAAUUACAUGUAUAUACAUACAUUUUGAAAAAUAAACAGAUUAUUUAAA